AUGACGAAACAUCCCCAGACAGUCGUGCUCGAUGGCUGCAAGCUCGAAGAAGCCCGGCGGCGUCUACAAGACGGCACUGAUCGAGCCCUUCAGGCUACACUGGAGGUUCUCACGAGAGAAGCCGACACGUGGCUUACACAGGGCCCCUGGUCCGUUACCAUGAAGAGAACACUCGGGCCAAGUGGCGAUGUACACGAUUAUGUUAGCCAGGCACCCUACUGGUGGCCCUCGGACUCACCAGACGGUAAGCCCUACGUCCAGUACGACGGAAAGAAAAAUCCGGAGGUCCUCAACUACACGGACCGUGUCUACUGGGAAAAGGUGUUCAACUCGUCCACCAUUCUGACCCUAGCUUGGCUCUACACGGGAAAUGAAGCGUACGCAAUACAUGCCGGCAAUAUCUUGCGCGUCUGGUUUAUUGCGCCCGAGACCCGUAUGAACCCGAAUCUCAACCACGCCCAGCUCAUUCCACACGCCAAUACAGGCCGUUGCAUCGGUAUCAUCGACUUCUCCCAGGCCUACACCAGCGUCCUCGAUGCUGCAGCUAUAUUGGCCAGCGGCGGUGUCGGAUCGAGCGGCCACUUGAGGGCUCCUGGCUGGUCUUUCGCGGACGUCGAGGGGUUCCGGGCGUGGAAUGUCGAAUUUCUCGAGUGGCUGACCAACAGCCCAUUCGGUCAAGAGGAGCGUUCCCAGCGCAACAAUCACGGCAACUUCGCGGCCAUGCAGAUGACCGCGAUUGCGUUCUUUCUUGGCGAUGCGGCCCGCGCUCGCGCCGAAGUCCUUCGCGUGCGGGCAUCUCUUAGCGAGACCAUCGCCUCAGACGGAUCGCAGCCGGAGGAGCUUCGCCGGACUCGCAGCUGGCACUAUUCAACCUUUAACCUUCUCGCCCUGACGCGUCUCGCCUGCCUGGGGCGCAAGGUCGGGGUCGACUUGUGGGCGUUUGUAGGGCCGGGAGAAAAGGGGAGCAUAGCGCGUGCGGUGGACUUUUUGAUACCUGCGGCAACGGGCAGCCAAGCAUGGGCAUUUCCCGAGCUGUGUUUCAAGGCAUACGCUGCGGCUGAUAUCAUCCGGGCGGCAGCGGAUGCAGGCCACGAGGGUGCGAGGGAGGUUGUGGGCAGGAUACAGUUGCCUACGCGUGACUUAUGGGUCCUGAGACCAGCUCCAGAGCAACUUGAUGCUGUCCAACCUUGA